UCAAAUGUGAUCAAAAAAUCUAUUAUUUAGUAGUUAAUGGUUUAUUGACUUGUUAAUACAUUUUUAAUUUAUCAACAUUAAAAUCUAAUAUGAGUAAAUUAGCCCCGAGCAAGUGUACAGUUUAUGUUUCAAAUCUUCCCUUUAAUUUGACAAAUAAUGAUUUACAUAAAAUAUUUGAAAAAUAUGGAAAAGUUGUUAAAGUUACUAUAGUAAAGGAUAAAAUAUCUCGUCAAAGUAAAGGAGUGGCAUUUGUAUUGUUUCUUAAUCGAGAUGAAGCUAAUUUUUGCGUAAAAUCGACAAAUAAAGUACAAAUGUUUGGACGAACAAUAAAAAGUUCUAUUGCUAUAGAUAAUGGUCGUAGUACGGAAUUUAUUCGAAAACGUCAAUAUAUUGACAAAACUUCUUGUUAUGAAUGUGGCAAAGAAGGCCAUCUUAGCUAUAAAUGUCCAGAAAAUUGUUUGGGUGAACGACAACCACCACCUAAAAAGAAAAAAAAGAAAAGUUUAGAAAGCAAAAAUCAAGAAUCAUAUCUAAGUUCAGAUGAAGAUACAAUAUUUUAUAACAAGAAAGAAAAAAAUCUUAUGCAAUUAUACAGUGAUGAAGAAAAAUCCAGUAUAUCUGAAAUAGAAACAUUAAGUGCAGUAAUACAAGAAGAACAAGAAAAAAAUGUUGAUGUUCAAAAAGUUCAUGUUCAGCAUAAAAAAAUAUAUCGUAAAAAUUCAUAUUUCAGUGAUGAAGAGGAACUCACGGAUUAAUAACUUAAAAAUGUUCGUCAAAUUGGCAUUGUGAUUUUUCUGUGAACAUUGGUACAUCAAUUGGAAAUACUUCAUAAUUUGUGGAAGAACAAUAUUGACUAUG